CAUGGCGUCACUUCGCCCGCCACCGGCUGGUGCAGCAUCAGGGAGCAAAGCUGCUCUUACGGAGCCCCCCAAUGGCAAGAGCAUCAUCGCCCCCCCAAGCCCCAAGGACGCUAAAAAAAAAGACCGGCGCAUCAUCAAGGAGUUAGUCAACGAAUCGGCACCGUCAAGGCCAAAGAGGAUUCGCCGCAUCAACCCCUUCCUAGCGUCUAUUCCAGAAGAGACCGAGGCCGACCUGUCGGAUGAGCCCCCCGGCAAGCAAAAAAAGAGAGACGGGAUGGAAGGGCCCGAAGGGCUGGGCUUGCAAGAAAGCGGCAUUCCUGACGAGAUGAUGGCAGCGGUUGACGAAGGAGAGGGAGAGAGCGAGGAGGAUGGAAAGCAGAAGCGGGUGUUCCACAUCUAUCGCGACAUCAAGCAGGACUUCCCUGACCUGCUCAAGAUAUAUUUCAAUCGUGUCAAGACCACAGAGGAGUUCUUCGAGUACUUCAUCCACCAGCUGGAGAGCCCCAAAGCGAGAGACAGAUGGAUCGUCACCAAAUACCUGGGGGUGAGGAGUCGGGUAACCGACGACUCACCGCUGGAACUGUACUUGUCCUGCCAUGAUGUGCAGGUCAUUGCGAUUUGCGAUGCCAGCUCAGCUCGCCUGUUCGGUCAGCUCAAGGGAAUGGACCCACUGCUCAAGUGUCUCAAGACAAAUGAUGACCUGCAGGAGCACAUCCCCAGCCUGCUCGCAACUCUCUGCGUUGACGACAAGAACCGCCUCGCAGUCAUCAACAAGGGCGGCCUCAACAGCCUUCUGCGCAUCUGCAAGAAGUUCCUUCAUGCUCCAACGCAUCCCCAGCAAAGUAUGGCAGGGAAGCCUGCGGCGGGUCAGCCGUCAUCGGCUCCUCCCUCUGGCGCUCCUGCCACCGGCAUGGAUGUGUGUGCAACCGCCCACUCUGUGUCUCAGCGUCUGGUGUCGGCAUCGUUUGCCUUGGCCUCGUUGGCGGCAUACGACGACAGCGCUUCAAGACUAUCGGAACAUCUGGUAGCCGUUCAGUAGGAAGCGGGUGCCGUGAGCGUGGGCCGUGGGGGAUGGAUGGCAUGCACUUGUGCGCAGGGCAUCACAUCCUUUCUGGAGUUGUGCAGCCAUCCGUCUCCAGUGAUUCAGACCAGCACGGCCUCUGCCUUGUGCCUGCUUACUCAGUCCGAUGCAAAUCAGAGCAUGCUCGUCUACAAAGAUGGCCUAGCCCUUAUUGGUAUAGUGCGCGUGUCCUCUUGAUAUUGUCGUCACGACUGGUGCUGGCUGUUUCAGGCCGAAUGAUUCUUUCGUCGAGUGAUCCCCGUGUGUUGCAGUGGACAUCGGCCACUCUCGCUAAUCUUGCUAGAAAUCCCAUGAACAUCCGGCAGAUGGUGCGGCCACACGUGUUGGAGACCAUACAUGCCGUCGCCACGUCAAACAUCCCAAUCGUCAGGAAGAACGCUGCGUGGACGCUGCUUUUCUUGUCACUCCACAAGGCAGGUGCAUGCGACAUAUGGGUCUCUGCUCCUUCAUUUGCCAUUGCUUCUCUCCCUUCUUCCAGGUGCCUGCUCAGAGCUUCUCGGUCGAGGCCAGUGCAGGCAUGGAGCAACGAACAUCACAGAGCAGCGAUGGCACGGCAGAACCAUCAUCCGGUACGACAAGCAGUGCUGCUGACAACCUCAGCGUGGCGCCAUCGGAUGUCAAGAGUGAGAUCAGCGCCGGCCACGAUGAACCGCAUGACGAAGGCCGGCCGUCUUCACCUCUGCCUGAGGUCAGCGAAGCCGGUGAGUCGAGUAGCCUCUGUCGUCACGGCAACCCCAUCUACAUGAGUUGGACCCGGGAUAUGCUGGUGCUGAGUUUGGGCCACGGGCCAGGGGCAAGCGAGGGGGGCGAGCAGCGGCAGGCUGAGCAGGGCACACUGCACAUCCUGCAUCUGGCUUUUGCCAACUUCACGGCCAUCGAGAAAUACAGAUUUGUCAACCCUCCUGUCGUCCAGCAGUAUAUGGUUAGCAGUUGAGUGUGCCUCUUUCAUAGUGGCCAUUCGCAUUGUGUGCUGUCGUCUGGCCGUUCUGUGUCAGUCCGCUCUGCGUGCCAAGCAGGAUCUUGUGCAAGACACGGCAGCUUCAUUCAUAUUCAGUGUCGCUCAGAAAGAGCCACAGGAGCUGCUGAAGGUUAGGCUUCUCCCACACCACAGUGCAUGAAUGGACAUGGUGUCCGUCUGUGUCUCUCCGCUGUAGUAGGCCCUGAUAUCUCUUGCAUGUGACAGCGACUCGACCGUUUCCCGAGUCGCCUUGUGGACUAUCGCCACCCUGUUCCUCAACAAGCAGUUCUACCAGACUGUACUGGACAACGGAGGUCACGUCACCACACAUUGACUAUCUCACAAGCACUAGACUAGUCGCAUCCGAGCCCAACAGUCCAUUGUUAUAUUGCGCUUCAGGCAUAACUCCCCUGAUCCUCUUCACUGCCCACCGCAACCCAGAGAUCCAACAGCUGUGUGCGAGGACUUUUGUCCGCGUUGCGCUGGACAAGGCCCUUUUUGUCAGGGUCAAGGACCUCAAUCCCAUCGCUGGCCUCCUCCUGCUCUGCGACUCAAAAGUCACCGAGAGAAAUGCAUGGAAAUCUCAACCACAAUGAUUAAAUGAAUGAAUGGAUUCAUCUGCAUGUUAUAUGUAGGAGCCGGAAGUGCGUCGCAGCGCCAUCGUCUGCCUGUGGAUAGCAUCCAUCAUCGCAAAGGAGAAUACGGUAGGCGAACGAGGGGGGGCGCAUUGGGGAUGUCGAUUGUUGUGUCACCUUGAUGCAGGAGAUGACAGCGUCGAUUCUGUCGAGCUGCCACAUGGAUAUUCCGCCAGGGCAGCUGAGGGAUGUGCUCCUAUCCAAACUCGAGCCAGCAGCAGACACCUUCAGGCGAACACACAAACUGCCCUCGGUCAAGACACGGAGGGGGACCCGACAGCCGCACCUCACUGUAUGUGUCUGUCUCACGGCUGUACGUGUCGGUGUGUGUGCAGGGUUCGAAGCGGCACGCGGGUCUGCAGUGUUUGUGUUCGCUGGCUCGUGACGCCGGUCCAGACGUGCAGGGUCGUGUGGCGUACCGCAUCCAACGGCUCAUGCAGCACCUCAAGGAGCUCACGCCCCUGUCAGUGCGGUGCCUCAUAUUCGCCAUGAUCGCGCUGCAGUCGACAACCAUAGAGGACGUCAAGAGCACCAUGGUGUCGGCCUACAGCACUCUCAUCAAGGGCGCCAGCGACCCCGAUACCUUCGCCGAGCACUGCGCUAAGGCACUCGUCACUGUCAUCACCACACCCGGCACAUCGGUACAACUCAGACAAGAAUCAUUUAGAGUCCUACACGACGGUAACAACAAGACGCGAUGCACGCCCAUCAAGCGUACACUCGACCCCCUUUCUGUUCAUGUGUCUGUCUCGUUCUAAUUCAGUUCUCGCGAGUGAUGUCGCGUGUCGGUAUUUCGGCCAGCCGUCAUGUAUGGAGCAGCUGCUCGAGUGCGCCACACCCGGGAGGCUGCUGACCAACACGCCUGUGUGGUCGGUGUUCUGCCGCGUCAUGUGCCACCCCCACAACACCGCCAGGGUCAACCAAUACAUUCCCACUCUCACCGCUAUCAUAGACAUGACCACCAAGGGACAGGUCAGUGAGUCAGUCAGCCACUCAGUAAGGGGGUCGCUUCAGCAUGCGUCUGUGUCGUGUGUUAGGACCUGGCGCCCCUCGCAUUCGAUCUGUCCCGCCUCAUAGAGAAGAGUGCCAUCUUGCCUCAAGUGCAAGAGUGCGUCCGCCACAAAGAGACAUACAUGUACGUUGUACCAUCGAAUCGAAGUUAUGGCUGUUUGUGGCUGAUAUGCAGGCUGUUGUUGAGCCCAUGUCGGUUCCGUUUGCUGCUGGACAUUGUGCAGAUGGGUCUCAAGCCGCCCCCCAACAUGGCCAUGCUGCAGUGUGUCUGCACCGCCAUGGCCACACUCACCAUCAGUCGCAGACCAACGUACGCGACAGCUGUCAUACGAGUUGACAAAGCUCUUCCCUUGACUCUCUCUGUGCACGGUGCAGUGUGUUUGAGAAGAUCCGUUCGUGUCUGGGGGACUUGCUACAGCUGCUGGCCGAUGUGUGCCACAUGUGUCUCACGCAGAUCCCCACGAGCGUCGACCGGUCGGUGGCUGGGGAUCGGCUGGCCGUCAGGGACAGCGGGGCUAAAGGACAUGGCUUGAGAGACGGCACACAUGCCGGUGGGGCCGAGGCGAGCAGCCCUCCUGCCGUCGUCGUGUUUGCGCUCCCGAAGCAUGCACCCGGCAGCCAGUGGCGAGCCAAGCGAAGCGCCACGCAGCGGCUGGCUACACAGGGGCCGCCGAUGGACAUGGACAGUGGACCGGGGAGCAUGUCCGACGGUGGCCCGUCCCUGCGGGUGGCGGGCGGUGACGUGAAUGGUUCGAGGUACCAUGUGCUGCUGCAGACUCUCAAAGUGCUGGCCGCCCUGGCCUCCUGCAAUGGCGAGGGGCACAACGGUCCCAGGCACCAGAUCAUCAGGCAAAACAGGGAGGGGGGGAGAGGGAAGCCGAAUGGAUGAUGAAUGGAUGGAGCUUCGCAUGUUAUGCAUUUGCUUUGUAUGUCGGUGCGUUCAUUGUGUCCAGUGUUGGUUUGUUGGACAUCCUGUCCCCCCUCGCUGCCGAUCUGUGCAGCCCCCCUCCUGAACUGCUGAGGUGGGCACAUCUCAGUGCCUAUUGCUUAUCUCCGUGGAACCCCGCCCCUUGAUGCUGUGUAUUGCAGCUGUUACUUGCAGCUGCUGACGUGCCUGUGCCGGAGCAAUGACCUGCGCUCGAGGCUCAUUGCGCCCUCCAGACUGACGUCCCUGCUCAGCCACUUCCACAGACUCCACACACGCUAUGUCAACACCGCACACCAGCCAAUCGCCGACGUGUCGCUCAGUGAUCGGCCGCAUGAGACGCAGACAUCCAGCAGCGAGAGACAGGUACGCCGGUGCAUAGAGUAUGGCCGGAUAGCAACUGAACCAAAUGUGGUGAUCUACAGGUGGAUGAUUCUGUGUGAUGUGUGCAGGACAUCGAAGCUGUAUACGUUGCUGUGGCACAACUGCUGCAGUUGUGCACCGUCAACGAGGAAAGCUCGGCGUGAGCCAGGGGCUCGAAGCACAUCAGACAGAGUACACUGGACAGACUCCUGUGUCGGUCUGUUGUCGGUUUGCAGGUUCCUGCGUUACGAUUCCUCUGCCAUCAGUGCCAUAUUCAACAUCAUAUCUUACGGACCGCCACCAGCACAAGUCAGCGAGCGCAUUAUUGAUGGACAUGAUUGCAUUUCUCAGCCGUGUGCCGUUGUGUGCAGGAGGGCGGCAUCAAGGCCCUGUACGUGGUAGGUGUGGAUGAGAAUGUCAAGAAGCAAGUUGUGCGGCAGAACGUCCUGGACACCCUGUGCAACAUCGCCAAACAAGUACGCAACAGCCACUGCCAUGGUCGCCAAUGCAUGAACAACACAUCCAUUAGGGUCCGGCCAGUGUGCAAGGUCAUGCGGCGUGGGUGGUGGCUUCACUGGUCGUCCGGGGCGAAGCCGUGGAGGUCUUCUUUGACAGGAGAAGCCUCUCACAACUCCUGGCACUCCAGGAGGCCAGCAACCCCAAAGUCAGAAGCCAAGCCCUAUGGGCCCUCGCGUACAUGCCCCCAGGUGCGUCAGCACCGCACCACACAGACAGCACACAUGUCCCUUGUUCGAGAGGUCGUAUGAUGUUUACUCCUUCGCCAUCAAUCAGAGACUCCACUCAUUGAGAAAAUGUUAGUGUGCGGUUUGAUGGAGGGCUUUGAGGCAGCCGUCUGCCCCCCAUCGGUCGACUCGUCCCCGAGUGCAGCCAUCGAGCCGGGACGGAUGACAGACGAAUGGGCUGUCGUAGCACAAGCAUGCGCAGCGCUGGCCAGGCUGGCCAAGUCGGAAACCUUCAGAGCCGCUGCAGUCACCAGGAGAGAGCAGCACUCUCACUCCCGGCAGCAGCCCCAAGGCCAAACGCUACUGCUAAGUCUCAUGGACAGUGGACGAGUGGGCGUGGGAGAGGCCAUUCCAGUCCUGGUGGUCCGCAUGUCGGACCUGCUAUCGGCAAUAACCCUGUGUGCGGGUGGGGAGAUCGCCUAUGACGUGCACCCUCCGCAUGACAAGAGUGGCAACAGGCGCGACAAAGACAUCAAGGAGAUCGUCGACCUAGAAGACGUUCAGGUGACCUGUCUGCUGACUGGAGUGCUGCAGCCACACACAAGCCUGCUCCCCGGUCACUGAAUGUGCAGGUGGGUGCAUUUGAGGGGCUGGCUGAGCUGUGUCGGACGCACGAGCUGGCUGCACCCUUCUUGGCGCACGGGGGGGGUGAGAGGGUAGUAUCAGCCCUCAGCGACGCACGUGUGAGGGUGCGGGAGGCGGCACUCAAGGCACUGGUGCGUCUGAUGGACCACGCACAGCUGAGACAGGACUGGCAGGCAUUGUGGUCCUCGUCCACCACCGCCCUGUUCCAGUCGCCGGCAGUGACUGCAGGGGGUGAAAGAGAGAGGGGGGAGGGCGCUUUGGCUUCCGUGUGGACGAUCGACGAGCAGCGUGGACUGGCCAAGGCAAUACGGCUGAUGGGUGGGGACGAGACAUCACAGAGGGCGCUCAUUGACGAUGGGGCCCUCGCAGUGCUCAUGGAGCUGGCUGAGAGCAGCGACACUACUGUUCAGGUGCGCUGGCCAAGCCUUACACGCACACACACCCCUCGGGCAGCUCCGUCCCUUCGCCUGUCUGUCUGUCUGUAUGUAUCUGUGUGUUGUGUGGCUGCCUGCAGGUUGAAGUAGCAUGGGCGAUCGGGGUGUUGGCUGCCCACCCUGAGCUAGAGGUGGCCCUAGCAGAGGCGGGGGCCAUCGAGGCACUCAUCAAGCUGCAACAAGCCAAGCGGGAAGACGUCCGAAAACGGGCCGAUUGGUCUAUGAGAAUCCUCAGCAAUGAAGCACUCACGUGAGCAACCAAAGCAAGAUGCAGGGUGUCACCCUCCCUCUUGCUACUUACUGUCUGUGCCGUCAAUGUGCCCGGCAGUUACAACGACAUCCUGUCGACGACUCGUCGGCGUGCGGAGGGGCCUCAGGAGCCUGCCAAAGGCACCAAGGAGGUUGCUGGAUUCCCACGCUUACCCGUGGCUGCCCCGGCGGCAGGGGGCGAGACACCGAUGAUGGCGGCAUUGGGGCCUGAUGAGGAUGAGCCGGAGGCGUCCGAUAGUGAAGAGUGGAGUGAUGCCAUGGACAGCGGAUCCAUCCCUAGCGGGGAUGACCAAGACACCACCAACACCACUGCGCAAGACACCAAGGAGAGACCCGCUGCUGGGACUGUCCUGGAGGCGCCGUCAGAGCAGCUGCAUGAGCCCCCGCCAGCAAUGUCGGACAGAGUGUUAUCCUCCUCUGCGGCGAGGCGAGGCUCGACAGUUGUUGCCUCGCGUCCUCUACCCAGGCCACCCUCCACGACUUCUCCGAGGUUCGAGGGCCUGUGGAGAAAAGACAAGACACUAAAAAAAGGUACAUUCAAUUUGUGUUUGCUUCCUUGCACUGUUCAGGGUGGCCGCGCUUCGUCAACAACGUCGUCGACAUCAACGUCAAUCGGGAAGGAAGGACGCUAUCAAAGAGGUAUCACCGUUAAGCGCGCGGUUCACGAUGAUCUGCAUUCCGUUCUUCAGAUUCGAGCGCUGGUCGACCUCAUGCUGGCUAAUGCCUACCCGGCUUCUUUGUCAGACAGGGAAGCGACGAACCCUGCCCUGUUGUCAACGUGCAUAUCACCCACCGAGACAGCGAGUCCGGCAGCCAGGCAGCGGCUGGCGCCUGGCGCAUCCAUAGAGAUUGCCUCGUUGCUGGCCAAACGGGUGUCAACAGCUACCCCCAGAGACAAACAGUAGUAGCCAGUCCAAUGUCGGUGGCGAUUGGAGCUGAUCCUUUCGCAAGUUAUGGUGCAGGGGGCCCACUCAGUAUCAUUGCGCAGUACAUGAGUAUAUAUCAUGUGUCUAUGUAUACGCAGGUCAUGCUAAAGCGUCGUCCAGAAGCCUUAGGGCAGCGCGUUGUUCCGUGCCAGGCCAUGCCCGUUGAUAUGGACGUGUAAGGGGCUAUGAGUGAUGAUUCCCAGGAGAAGGAAGGACAGGGGGAGGUGGACGAGUGCAAUGAUUGCAAUACACUUCAUUGCAAUGCAUCAUAUCGAAGCCAAAAAGGAGUCGCCACCUUGUU